AUGACAUUCACAGCCUUCGACGCCCUCACCUCGUAUUUGUUUGCACCGUCACCCACUCAAAUCCUCUUGGGCAUACCCCUCGCUUUCCUCACGACAUGUCUCCUUACCUGGGUCAUCACAACCAUCAACUUCCAUCGCACCAUUGCAAGAUUCAAAGCUCGGGAGCUCAACUCGUCAAACUCGUCUCAGCCAAUCCCGCCACCAGUCCUGCCGUAUUUCAUCCCAUGGCUGGGCAGCGCCCUGGCUUUCCUGAACGAAAACCCCGGCUCUUUCUGGCGCAUGCUUCGAACCAGGCUGUUGGCCACGGGCGCAAAUGUCCAAGUCUGUACUGUCCUGUUGGGCGGUAAGCGCAUCCACAUCGUCAACUCUGCUGCCGCCGUACAGUCGUUGUUCAAAUCAAAACACGUGAGUCGCGAUCUGUUCAACUUUCAGCUCGGUACGCAAGCAUUGGGCACUUCGAGGGAAGACGCAGAAGCCAUGUUCCCGCCGACCACCCACGAAUCCCAGCACGACAAAAAGGAUACCAUGGAGGCACUGAACCAUGAAUUUCUACUGAGCCAAAAUGCCGUCAAUACCCUCACUGCAAAGUUCAUAGAGGCAUUUCAGGAAGCACUCGACGGGAUCAAAUUCGAAACCGAGUGGAAAACCAUAGACUUGCUAUCAUGGAUGAGGAGGGCCAUGUUCGAAGCUUCGGUACGGGCACUGUUCGGCACCAAGAUACUCGAGAUAAACCCUACCUUGGCCGAGCAAUUCUGGGAAUACGAGGCUGGCUUCCUGCCGCGAAUGUAUGGUGUGCCGAAACUCGUCAAGCCCAAGGCCUACGCGUGCAUGGACAGCCUGUUGACUGCGACGCAGGCAUGGAUUGAAUACGCUCUGAGACACCAUGGCGGGGUCGCGCCAGAGGAACCAGACUGGGAACCGUUGAUGGGGUCCAAAGUCGCGAGAGCGAGACAUCGCUAUUACGACAACAUUGGGCUAAGCAUUAGGGGCAAAGCCGCAUUUGACCUUGGCUUCUUGUUCGGUUUGGCAGGAAAUACCGUACCUUCGACAAACUGGCUGUUGGCACACCUCCUGUCACCGGAAAUGCCUGAUGACGUUCUCGGACGAGUGAGACAAGAGGUUGAAAAUGCAAGGCUACCAGACGAUGGAGUCAACAUGGCAGUGCUAAUAGCCCAGCCACUCUUGAAUUCAGUCUUUGCCGAAACAAUGAGACAUUACGUCGAUACCCUUGUCACUCGCCAAUUGAAGACAGAUCUGGUGAUUGAUGGAUAUUUGCUGCGCAAGGACGAUUUGAUCAUGGCACCUAGCUCGUUGAGCCAGCACGACUUGUUUUGGGAACAAAACUUUGAGCCUCCUGCUUACACGUGGUACGCAGAACGAUUCAUCAGACACGAUCAAACAACCGGGAAGCAGACCUUUAGCUCUUCGUGGGCCGCGGGGAAGUACUUUCCUUUUGGCGGAGGAACUCACAUUUGUCCUGGCCGCGUAUUUGCCAAACAGGAGGUUUUGGGUGCCGUAGCGGCCUUCUUCCUCAAGUUUGAUGUGCAAUUUGUGGAGUAUUCCGGCCAGGAUCGGAUGGGACACGUUGUGGGUUUGGGUAAGCACGCAUCCGCAUUUCCUAGAGUGAAGCAGCAAUAUGCCGGCAACGGCACAUUGGCCAUCGACGGAGACAUUCGCGUGCGAAUAAGAAAGAGGUGA